AUGGAGAUGUCCGGGCGAUCCCUCCGUCCUAGGACAGAGUCAGCGGAGGAGAGACCGGCCAAGCCGCCGCUCAUAACGGAGCCAAGAGUGGUUCGAAGCAAUAAGGUGGGUCCGGGUGUCUCCAAUGGGGAGCUUCGCAGACUGUUGGAGAGCUCGGGUCUCGCAAAUGAGGAGCUUGCGAAGAUUGUAAAGGAUCUGCAGGAGGAAAUCUCAUUGCUGCGGGUCCAAAUGCGGGAGGAGGCCGAAGCAGCCAGGAAGGAGCUGCAAGCGGUACGCGAGGAGUCGCGUUACCGGGAUCAGUGCGCUCGAGAGGAUAAUGCCGCCCUUCGAGCGGAGUUGAAAGCGGAAAGGGAGCAGAAACGGCAACAGCGGCCGCAACAGCAGCAGCGAGUGGAGCAGCAGCGAGACCAACAGCGACCGCAGCAUCAACAGGAGAAGCAGCAGCAGCAGUUGCAGCAGAUGGAGAACCGAAGCCAGUGGCCCACGGUUGAAGAGGGUGAAUCCUGGGCUGUGGUGGCUUGGGGUAAGCCGCAACGCUUGCAUCAGCAGCAACAUCAGCAGUUGCAACGUCAACAGCCACUGAAGCGGCAACAACAGCAGCCGCAGCAACAACAGUCGGGGUGA